AUGACCCCGGGAAGCCCCCUGCUGCGGGCCGCCAGCGUGGCCCCCACCACCAAGGACACCAGCAGAAGGCUGCCCAUGGCCACCACGGCCCCUCCGCUCAACAUCCCCCACCAGCAUUCGCCCUAUCACAACCCUUCUUCCCAACAGCCCCCCGCUGGGCCCCUGGGCCGGCCCCACUACGGUGAGGGUGGCCGGGGGGUGGAUAACCGUCGCAGUCCCCUUCCCUUUUCCACCGGACAGCUUUCUGGGGCUCCGCAUAUGGCUGUGCACGGGAACGUCCCACCGUUCCCCGUCACUCCACCGCUGAAGAGCGCACUUGCCGGAUACGGGGGGGCUCCUGACCGCCCCGACCAGUGGCCCAUCCCCGUCUUAGCGCACACCCCCGAACCCCCUCGUCUUGGAGACCCCUCUGAUCGAGCGGCCCAAGUGCAGUUGCGAGACAUGGAGCUGCCUGCCCGGGUGUCUCCUAGUGCCACUGCUACUGCUAGCACUACGACUACUGUACCAGGGAAAGACACCGCCGUUGUGGGCCCGCUACUGCUGAGAAAGGACUCGUCUGCAAUGGGCGGCAGCACAUUAGCAGCGUCCUGCAACAUGGACUUCGGCGGGCCUCAGGGCGUUAUCCAGGCUCUGCCACAGGCCAUAUCUACUGUCCAUUCUGUGACCGACUGCACCUACAAGGUCAUCGUGUACAUGGGCUACGGAGUGGAGAUCCAGGUGUUGCAGGUCAACCUGUCAGAGAGCGACCGCGUGACAUUUGAGGAUGCGGGUGGCGGUGACGAUGUCAUCCUGGCCAACAGGUCCAUCCUAACCAAAGGCCUGGUUGUACGAAGUCGCAGCAACCAGUUCACCAUCCAUCUGAGCAGCCAGAGGCCCUGGGCCGGGUCCCUGCGGCUCCACUACCAAGUCUAUGCAUUGGGCUGUACUUUCCCUCAGCAGCCAACCUUUGGCGAUGUGUCCGUGAGCAGUCUGCAUGUGGGUGGAGAAGCUUUCUUCUCCUGUCAAAUCGGCUACCAGCUCCAGGGUUUCUCAACACUCGCCUGCCAAAACGCCACCACCCCCUACUGGAGUGGCAGGGAACCACAGUGCCUAGCUGUCUGUGGUGGUAUGUUCCGGAAUGUGACCGUUGGCCGUAUUGUGUCCCCUGGUUUCCCUGACAACUACAGCCACAACCUGACCUGUCGUUGGUUGCUUGAAGCAGCAGAAGGGCAUCGGCUCCACAUCCACUUUGAGAAGGUUUCUUUGGCAGAGGAUGAUGAUCGGUUGCUUAUCAGGAAUGGUAAAAAUAUGGAUGCAUCGGCGCUGUAUGACUCUUAUGAAGUAGAGUACCUUCCCAACGAAGGCCUUGUCAGCACCUCUAGGCAUCUCUUUAUUGAGCUGACCACAGACGCCGCAGGCACAUCCACUGGAAUGGCCAUCCGGUACCAAGCCUUUUCACAAGGACACUGCUAUGAGCCUUUUGUCAAGUACGGCAACCUGAGUAGCAGUGACACCACCUGGGCCGUCGGGGCUGUGGUGGAGUUUUCCUGUGACCCAGGCUACACCCUGGAACAGGGCUCCAUCACCAUCGAGUGCAUGGGCCAAAACAAUCCCCAGUGGAACGAAACGGAGCCGGCCUGCAGAGCUGUGUGCAGUGGGGAGAUCACUGAAUCGGCUGGAGUGGUGCUGUCCCCCAACUGGCCAGAGACGUACGACAAAGGCCAGGACUGCAUCUGGGGGAUCCAUGUUGAAGAGGACAAGAGGAUCAUGCUAGACAUCAAUGUGCUUAACAUAGGGCAAAAUGACAUGGUGACCUUCUACGAUGGAGACGACUUGACGGCAAAGGUCUUGGGUCAGUACGGGGGCUCGCGGCCCCGCUUCAAGCUCUACACGUCCACGGCAGACGUCACCAUCCAGUUCCAGUCGGACCCCGCCACCAACAUCUACGGCUACGGCAACGGCUUUGUGGUCCAUUUCUUUGAGGUCCCCCGUAAUGACACCUGCCCCGAGCUGCCUGAGAUCUCCAAUGGCUGGAAGAGCUCGUCCCACCCUGAGCUGGUACAUGGCACGGUGGUCACCUACCAGUGUUACCCAGGCUACCAGGUGGUUGGCUCAGAACUCCUCAUGUGCCAGUGGGACCUCACCUGGAGUGGGGACCUUCCUGGCUGUGAGAGAGUGGUGUCCUGCACAGACCCAGGCCUGGUGGCACACAGCCGGCGCGUCCUGACAGGUCCUCAUCUGAACGUCGGCUCCACCAUUCAGUACAUCUGCAGCAAGGGCUUCACACUGUCCGGCAACAGCCUGGUCACCUGCUACAACCACGGCUCGUCUGGCCCCAAGUGGAACCAGCAGCUACCAAGAUGCCUGCCUGAAGCCUAUGAGCCAUGCAGUCACCCAGGUACACCAAUCUAUGGAGUGCCCAGUUCCGAUAAAGGCCUAUUUAAGGCUGGAGAAAGCCUCCAGUACUCCUGCCUGGUGGGUCAUAUGUUGCUGGGGGAGCCUGCUCUCCGCUGUGUCCCUGGGCACCCAUCCCAGUGGAGUGGCCUGCCACCUGUCUGCAAAUGUGAGAAACUAUUAGAAUAUAAUAGGAAAAGAUUCGAUGUGGCUAAGUUACGACUACAAGGAGUGAAUGUAGUGUUUGCUGUUUUCAUUCCUGUCACUGUCCUCUUUCUGCUACUCAUCGCCGGAAUCUACCUCUACUUCUCAAAGAGCCAGGGGAAGUCUCUACCAGUGUCCUCAACUCUGCCAUAUAGCCAGAUACUGAGGGAGUCAGCCUUUGAUAGCUCUGUGUACGAGACAAUGGAGAGUGGAGCGUAUGAGGUUUCAAUCUGA